AUGACUGACUAUAGUUCGAAAGUAGAAGUGCUCUACUCGCAACCAGCAUAUGUUCGUUUGAACAAGGAGAAAAAAAAUGGAUACAUAGUACUUACCCGACCCAUACUUAGCAAAGCAGAAGCUCAGAAGGCCCAAUAUCAAGUUCAACUCACUUUUAUUGAAGAGAGCAAUGCUAAUGUUUCAAUACUACAAAAAGUGAGUGAAGAAUUAGCAUUGGAUUUACAAAAAAAACCAACAGAUAGAAGUCGGAUCAUUUCCAUCUCACCAUCUCGCCACUCAACCACUUUGAAUGAAGUCACAAUUAGAAUAAAGAAACCAGCUUACGGAUAUUAUGAUGGAAGUAUCACCAUUGGUGAACAACAGCCAAUAUUUUUUCACGACUCUUCUCUUGAUAGUAAAAUUACACAAGCAAGACUGAUGGGUUUAUUUGAGGAUGAACUAGAUAUUUCAUCAGGUCAAGUGCUUUUGGAAGUGAUUAGGCUGUUGGUAAAUGAUGUUGUCAAGCAGUCAGAACAAGUAUACUUAGUUAAUCCACUGAGUGUAAUAAGAGGACUGAAAAUUGAUAAAAAAGAAGAAGUUAAACAACAACAGCAACAACAACCACAACAGCAGCCAAUUACAUUUAAUGAUAUAUUUUCAAAAGUCGCUACGGUGACGGGUAAACUUAUUGCCAAGUUGAAUGACUCAGAUAUACUGAGAAAAUUAGAUCCACCACCGGAUAUGGAUUUCGAUAGUGGCAGGGUAUAUUUAGCGAAAUGGGCAAAUAUGGUGAAGAAAGAGGCAGAGUUGUCCAAUGGUUCGCAGUUGAGUUCAGAGUUUGUUUCAGAUUUAUCAGCUGAGGAAAUUGCCAGGGCAAAAAGGAGGGACCCAGUUGGUAAAGAUGAAUGGGCGUCAUUUUUUGAUAGUCAAGGCAGAUUAAGAAUUACUAUAAGCGAAGUAAAGAGUAUUGUGUUUCAUGGUGGCUUGGAAGAAGAUGUGCGAGCAGAAGCAUGGCCAUUUAUCCUUGGUGUCUUUGACUUUAAUGCUACAACUGAAGAAAGAGCGAAAUUAAAGGAGCAAUUGGCGAAUGCAUACUAUACAGAGUUGAUCAGGAAUGAUUUUAGAGACGAACAGAUUGAGAAAGAUGUUGUUAGAACCGAUAGAGAAAUUUUUUUAACAGACUCAAAGCAUGAUGAGCUUAUUGAAGACCAAAUUGCUCGCUCACCCGAAUUAUUUUCGAUAUCGCGGAUUUUACACACAUUUACUGUAGCUGAAGGGAAGUCAUAUGGUCAAGGCAUGUCAGAUAUGCUUACACCAAUUUACAUUGCAGUGAAAGAUGAAGCUAUUUCGUAUUAUUGUUUUAAAAACUUGAUGGACAAUAUGUAUGGCAAUUUCCUGGAGGAUAUGGUAAAGAUCCGAGAAGAUAUGGUGUUGCUCAGUAAACUUUUGCAACUCAUGCUUCCUGAAUUGUAUGCACACCUUGUAAAGUGUCAUAGCCACGAUAUGUAUUUCAUAUUCCGAAGUCUCAUUGUUCAUUUCAAGAGAGAAUUAACCUGGGAACAAGUACCACGUUUUUGGGAAGUUUCGUGGUGUCAUCCUUCAAAUAACUUUGUGAUUUUCUUUGCUCUAGCAAUCUUGCAAGAUAACGAAAGGAUUGUGAUUCAAAAUCUACGUGCAUUUGAUGAGGUGUUGAAAUAUUUCAAUGAUUUACUGGGUAAGUUGGAUUUGGAUGUUUUGCUUGUAAGAGCAGAAUUGUUGUAUUUGAAAUUAAAGAGAACAAUCAACAUUAUUGAUCGAAGCUUAAAUAGAGGCGAAGAGGUGAAUGUCAGCGAAGAUAUGAGAACAUUAUUACGAAGCACAUAA